UCUUUAGCAGCAGGGCAGCGCAAAGAGAAUCAAGCUGGCAACAGGUCCUAGAGCAAAAGAGCCUGUUGGGAGAUGGAAAGGCCAGCCAGCGAGAAACGCUCAAAGCCCGUCCAGGAAAAAGGCGAUUUGCUUUGUCGUCAGUGCCGACUAAAGCAGCAUUUGUUUUGUGUGGACUCUUCAUCAAAGUUAAAGGUAGCACAGCAAUGAAACCGAGAGCACGACGAGACACAACUACCUUAAAAUCGGGUACGACAUUCGGGCACCAUUGUUUUCUAACACCUUUUCUAACACCAACUUUGUGUUGCUGGAGCUAAGUUGUCUUAGUCACGCGCAGGGACCCAAUGGCAAGCAAUUUGAUAAACAAGCCGACGCCUCGUCUUCUCCAGCUCGCUGUAUUGUGAAAGCUCCGGCCUUUGUUUGCGAGGUGGCCGACCCAUGCGAGCGCCGACGGAGCAAUCAGGUGACUCUUUGUUUCCCGUGCGCAGGGAAUGAAUAUCGAUUUCCUGGGAUAGCAAAAGCCUCGGAAUGAUAGCUGUUGCUUCGUACGCACGAGAGUAUGUCUGGCCAGACUUCACGUGUGCGACACAAGGUCCUCUCGUUGUGCUUCUCCCAUGAUCAUGACUCGUUUUUCUUCUUGUUUUCCAGCCCUCUUGCGCGUUGGCUUAAUGCUUGCUUGGUUGCUUCCACAGUACAAGGAGCGUAUGCAAAGAUGGCGGUAGACGCAUCCGGAAUCUCGAGAGAGUAUCUGUGCAUGUAUGUACAGAGUUGCCGCAUACGUCACUUGACGACAGUGAAGGAAAGCCUCAUGUCUCAGUAUAAAAGGCCAGGUUUGUUCUGGAUUUUAUUCAUUCGUUCUUUCCUUCUUCGGAGUGUUCUGAGUGUGUUUGUGUGGUCCUCUCACAACACAAGCUCUAUCCAUCUUCUCCAAACUUGCAGAGUGAUCAUGAGUGCCAAUCUCGUUCUUCUUAUCCUGGCAAUGCUGCUUCUCUCGUUCCUGGGAGACAGUGCUCGUCUCUUGCCCACUGCUGAAGGAAAUGGGAAUGGCAUUGCAGCAGCGGUGGAAGAACCGGGAAUGCAUGAGCAAGAGAUAUAUCCUCGAAAGCUCUGGGCAAGGUUAGACUAUCCAAGCCCUGGAACUCAUCCAGGCAAUCCUCAUGAACAUCAACUUGAAGAAAAUGUGGAUUACUAUCCUCCUCGCAACCACAACGACUCACCGCCGGCCCACAAACACAUCCCUAGCAAUGAGGAUCGUCCCGAGCGGCACUUGGUAGAUGCAUUAGACUAUGUCCCUGCUCGCACCCACACACCAUCGCCAGUGCACUAAGCAAGCAGAGCUCUUGCUCUACAAACAGGUCCACGUCCUUUGAAUCCACAUAAAAAUGCUGACAAAAAAAAAGAGAGGUAAAUCCGAGUGUGAGCUUCGUCUCCUCCCACGAUCGUCUCGCAUUCGGUGUAAAUCAGCUAGAGAAGAAGAUCAGGUAGGAGAGUUACAAGUAACACAGCGUGAGCAAUAAACUUUGGUUUUGGAUUAAA